GAGCCCGCCACACCCGAUGAAACACAGAAGACUCCAUCUGUUGUUGAAGCACCACCGUUCGGCUUUCUGACGCGUGUCAGAGGGCCGUUUGGACCGCUACCGGGUGGCAAGACUCCAGACGCGGAACAAAGUACAGUGGACGGUGCUGAGUCAGCUGCAGCCGGGGAAAGUCUGGGGAUGAGGUUGAUGAGCAGCCACCGCACAUUGGCAUGGUAACCACGGCUAAUGUCUACCACUAUCCGUACAAGCGCGACACGAUGGUCAAGGCGUUAUCAGCAGAGGUGCUGAACACGCUGCGUGAGAUCAUCGCCAACAGCCCUGUGUACAGAGACACACUCAGUCAGGUGAUUGCCGAUGGAAAGUUUGUCGUCGGUGACAACCCAGCACACUUGGCUGACUUUGGAGCUGCCCUUGCCAAUGCCGAUCCAGCCAAGCUGCAGGAAGUCCUGGAAGAGAGAACGAUCCCCAAGCGACUGGAGUUGUCUCUGCAGCUUCUCAAGCAGCAGCUGGAGGUCUGCCAUCUGCAGCAGAAACUCGCUAAAGACGUGGAAGAGAAAGUGUCGGCCACUGAACGCAAGUAUCAUUUGAACGAGCAGCUGAAGAUCAUCAAGAAGGAGCUUGGCAUGGAGAAAGAUAACAAGGAGGCACUGUCCGAAAAGUUCAAGGCUCGACUCGAGGGGCUGACCGUUCCCGCUGAGGUUCAGAAUGUGAUUGAUGAAGAGCUUAACAAGCUGUCCUUCCUCGAUGAAAACUCCUCCGAGUUCAGCGUGUCCCGUAACUAUCUCGACUGGUUGACGGCUAUCCGCUGGGGUCACUUCACGGACGAGAACUUUGAGAUCCCGCGUGCCAAGACGACGUUGGAUGAAGACCAUUACGGCAUGAAGCCUAUCAAGGAACGCAUUCUGGAAUUCAUUGCAGUUGGACAGCUACAGGGUUCAGUCCAGGGCAAGAUUCUCUUCUUCGUCGGCCCGCCAGGUGUUGGCAAGACGAGUAUCGCACGUUCCAUCGCCCGCUCUCUCAACCGAGAGUAUUUCAGAUUCAGCGUUGGAGGCAUGAGUGAUGUUGCGGAGAUCAAGGGUCACAGACGUACUUAUGUUGGCGCCAUGCCAGGAAAGCUGAUUCAGUGCCUGAAGAAGACUAAAUCCUGCAACCCAGUUGUGGUCAUUGAUGAGGUGGACAAGGUGGCUCACAAGAGUGUGCACGGAGAUCCGCAGUCUGCUCUCCUGGAAGUGCUGGACCCGGAGCAGAACAACUCCUUCCUGGAUCACUAUCUCGAUGUUCCCGUCGAUCUCUCCAAGAUCUUAUUCAUCUGCACCGGCAACUCUAUUCCACCUGAGUUCUCCACGGCUCUGCUAGACCGUAUGGAAGUGAUCGAAGUCUCCGGAUACAUGGCACAUGAGAAAGUGGAAAUUGCUAAGCGCUACCUGAUGCCAAAGGCUCGCAAGGACAGCGGCAUUGAGGAAGGUCGUACCACCAUUGACGAGGAUUCCAUCAGCACUCUGAUUCGCGCCUAUUGUCGCGAGAGCGGUGUACGCGGUCUGCAGAAGCAGAUAGAAAAGAUCUACCGCAAGGCAGCAUACAAGAUCGUGGAGAAGCUUCCGGAAACCAGUGAGGUAGUAUCGGUGUCCGAUAAGAACUUGUCCGACUUUGUCGGCAAGCCUAUCUAUACGUCAGAUCGAUUGUAUGAUACCACUCCACCCGGUGUGGUCAUGGGCUUGAGCUGGACAUCGACUGGUGGUGCCCCACUUUACCUGGAGAUCACCAAUCGCUAUCGUGGCUCAGAGGGUACCCAGGGAAGUCUGAUCACCACCGGUAGUCUGGGCCAAGUGCUGCAGGAAAGUGCCAGCAUUGCCUACUCGUACUCGCGGGUGUACGCCAUGCAGCAUUUCCCAGAAAGGAUCAAUGACUUGGUCACAUCAACUCUGCAUCUUCACUCUCCACAGGGUGCUGUACCGAAGGACGGUCCAUCAGCCGGUGUGGCCAUUGUCAGCGCCCUGCUGUCGCUUGCCCUCAACCAGCCCCUCCGACAGAACACGGCCAUGACGGGCGAAGUGUCGCUCAAAGGCAAGGUACUGCGCGUCGGCGGCAUCAAGGAGAAGGUGCUGGGAGCUCGGCGGGCCUCAGUCCAGACCAUCGUACUGCCCGAGGAGAAUCGCUGCGACUGGGACGAGCUGGACGAGGUUGUGCGCGAGGGCAUCAAGGUGCACUUCGUCACGCAAUACUCCGAGGUAUUCCCCAUCGUGUUCGAAGACCGCGCGGACGCCGUGCCGUACGUGAGUCCACGCGACACUGACGACAAGAAAGCUGCCGAUGAAACAACUAAGACUGCUUCUGGAACGACGGCGACGAGUAGUAACGCAUCUGGUGAAUGGUUCUGGCAGCGCAUGUUCAGAUCGCCACCCAGCAGUCAAGAUCGAGCAUAGCGGUCUGAUGUAGAGAAUUUUAAAUGCUUGAACGCACUUGAUGUCACGGAACACGCACAGCUGAGCUUUCCGAUGACAAUGCUUUGGAUGCACGGCUGACUGCGGUCGUGUGAUAUGCUGUGGAUACACCGAGCCUGUGACUGAGGUCAUGUGACACGGUAGUAUUGCUCUCAUAGAUAUGCUUUGUCACAAGCUAUUAUCAUCCCGGCCAAUGACGAUCUGCCGGUAAAGUACAGCAACAUCCCUCAUUUGUUCGCUCUGUUUUGCUGUGCGUCAGGUGUUUAGUCCGUAUCACCCCGGUUGCAAGCAAUCUUCCCGGCAUCACCGUGGUUACUAGUGGUAUGCACAGGGUUACCAUGGCUGCCAAUAGUGCACUCAGUGUUACUGUGGUUGGUAGUGUAGUGGUAUGCCUGCAUCACUAUCACCAUGACUACCGACGGUGUACCCAGACACACAGUAGCAGAUCGCGUUGACGGGUGCGACUCCAGACGUAUCCGAUCAUUGCUUGAAGACAAAUCUCGAGUCUGCUCUCGAAUCGCCGACUAUACCAUAAUAUACAGCAAAGCUGCGAACGGUGCUUGUACUCGUUGCGCUUCACGUCAGAGAGAUGUCCUCGUACCUUUACAGUCCUAAGUGUUGUUGUGGAGCACAUGUGCAGCGGCAUAUGUGUGUGAUGAUGCCGUCCAAGCUUGGCUAGCUUCUCGCAGCAGCGACGACGUUCUUCAGGAAAGGAGCCGAGCUGCUUCUCCUGCGACGUCGUGUUGGGUCCGUGCCUCGGUUGGAUAAACGUUUCCAUUAUUUCUUCUAGUGUCCGUGCUACCACUGCCGCUGCAAUGUGUUAGCGUAGCCGUUUUCUAAUUUGCUGGCAUACAGCUUGCUUUCAGAAGCUCUCAGUGACACGCGAACCCGUCCUCAUGCACGCGAUCACCUGUUCAAUUAUGGCACACACAUCCACAGACUUGUCUGUAGUGUAUCAUACAUGCUACGGGGGUAGCCUGGGCCCGUUGGUCACCGGCCACUGCAGUGUUUUCUGUACUGCUGCCAAUGCUACUGCUGCUGUUGCUGCUGCUACUGUUGUUCCUAUCCUCAUUCAUGCUGUAUUAUUCAGAGUUAUAGCCCCUUGAAAAGACCCCGAGAGCUGUUGAUCGCUGCCGCUCUACCUUAAUACUUACUGUACAGGAGUAGACUUCUUACCAGGGAGUAGUAAAAUGCCGGUAUUUUACUACUCCCUGCUUGUCGCCGUGCUGGGAGGCUAAGCUCUCAACAAUGCUGCUUUGUUUUCGGCUCUAUAGUAUCUCCCCCCCCCCCCCCCUCCCACACACACACACCUCUCUGCCUCUCACUCCUCCAUUGCUGGUUGCAUAUCUUCUGUUGCAUGGAAUCUGGUGCAUCGCUCCAUUGUUUCCGCCGUUUUGCAGCGCUCGUAUUUUUCUACAAAUGUUUCUUCUCUCCCGAAUGCAUUCUUCUUCCCUUACCCCCAUCAUACUGUCAUUACUGUGCCUCGCGCUGCUGCUGUCACAAAUAGGUGCCAUGGGUCGCCGGAGGUCUGCUUGCCUUACACGAAACACACCCAGUGCUAUUCUUCCCCAACGCAUGUUGACAAAACUGUUUAAUAUAAUUAUCGUAACUUUC